AAGCUGAUGAUUUUGAAAAGCGUAUAUUUAUCGUGAUUAUAGCGUUUGCGGAGCGUUUUCAAGGUGAAAGGAGACGAAAUAACAUUUUGAGAGAUUUAGCAGUAGCAGAGAGAUAAUUGUGGUCCUUACUAUUAAUUCGAACGAAACUGAAAGCUCGAGAACAUCCCAACAUUUCGAAUUUAAAACUCGACUGAAGAAUUGAAAUAUAUCAAACCUAAUAAUAAGGAAUAUUGUCACAUAUAAAGCUACCAAACACACAUACACACACAGCGACAGAAGCGCGCGCUCGCAACAUUUGUAUUGCAUUUUGCGCACCAUUAUGGCGUCAGCAACACAAAUGGCGCCAUUUCCGUAUCCGCUGCACAGCAGCAGUAGCAGCAACAACAACCAUAAAAGUAAAAGCAACAACACUAUGAAGCAGCAACACACAAAAAUCCCACCACAAGCACACCUGAGGCGUCAGCUGCACUGCAGUAACAACAAUUGCAACAACAGCAAUGGUGGGAACAACAAUAGAACCACCACGACGAACACCAUUAGAGCCACACUGUCAUUGUUUUGUCAGUUUCUCACGGUAUACUGCAUUCUUCUAACGGCAAGCGGAAGCGUGCGAAUGGCACAAGCACAAGAUGAACCGCUUAGCGCCGCUAACGCCGUGACCGCACCUGGCUACCAUGCGCAACCCUCCUACGCCGAUGCCCUGCCGAAUGGUUUCCAUUGCCCGGACGAAGGUUUGUACGCCGAUGAUUACGACUGUCGCAUCUACUACCGUUGCGAAACGAAAACAAAUGACUAUAUCAAAGCUUAUGCAUUCGCCUGCAAAUCUGGCACCGUAUUCUCGCGCAACCUGCGCCUCUGUAUGCCACCCCAGCUGGCCGGCCGCGAGGAAUGCAGCGAUUACAUGAACGAAAUUGAUACGGACAAUGGCGAUAAUGGUGUUGAUGGCCAACAACUGCCGCUACUGACAUAUGGCAGUGCCAAUAACGGUAAUGGCAUAUACGCGACCGCAAGCAAUACGGGUGCUACUAGUGCUGAGGCCGAUGCUGCUUCAUUUGCAGAUGCUGCUGCUGCUGCUGCCGCCGCCGCUGCUGAAACUGCAACGCGUGGUCAAUUGCAGAAUUAUGGGCUGUCAGGUUUGGGUGGCGUAUCCGUAAUUUCCUUUUCCACAUCAGCGGCGCGUUCGGCGGGUGGCAGCGCAAUCGACGAACAGGGACCACCUUGCGAAGAUGAUGGAUUUAUGAGCGAUCCAGACGAUUGCACAAUCUUCUAUCGGUGCAUUUCGAAUGGUCGAACCUUCAAUAAAAUCGGUUUUCGUUGUUCGGACGGCACUGCGUGGGAUGCGGCGCUGCAAUCGUGUAACCACAUACACAGUGUACGUGCCGAUGGUGGAUGUAAAGGGAAGGCGGAUAAUUUAGUAUUGGCUGACUAUGCAGCGGACACUACUCAAUCAACGCAAACUAACUAUCAGAAUACAACAACAUCAAGCAGUAGUAACCAGCAGAGUUCGACUAGCUCAUCUUCGAAUACGUCCUCAUCCUCAUCAUCUUCAUCGUCGUCAAACAGUACGAGUUCAAAUACGUCGAAUACCAGCGGUGCUGGUGGCAAUCAGCAGCAAACAAGCACUCAAUCAAGCAGCACCGAGAGCAAUACGUCCAACCAACAAUCGCAGUCAAGCACACAGAGCUCAAGUUCAAGUAGUCAACAAUCAUCGACUUCAAGCACAAGUUCAACAUCUACAUCAAGUAUAAAUCAAGGCGCCAGCAAUAAUCAAACCAGUGGUAGCAAUCAAUCUAGUGCCAACAAUCAAUCGAAUUCAAGCAAUCAGUCUGGAAGUAACAGCUCUAGUAAUCAAUCUAACACAAACAAUCAGUCUAGUUCAAGCAAUCAAUCAGGUUCAAGUAGUCAGUCAGGAUCAAAUAAUCAAUCUAGCAACACUGGUCAAUCAAGUUCAAGCAACCAGUCUAGUGCAAACAAUCAAACUAGCUCUGGCAGUCAAUCUGCGACAAGUAAUGAAGCGAAUAAUAGUAGUAAUCAAUCCAGUUCUGGUAAUCAAUCAGGUUCAACUAACCAAUCAGGAACUAAUAAUAAUCAAUCUGGUAGCAAUAAUCAAUCAAGCUCGACUAAUCAAUCUAGCAGCAGCAAUCAAUCCAGUUCAGGCAAUCAAUCUGGUAGCAACAACCAAUCAAGCUCAAGCAACCAAUCUAGUUCAAAUAAUCAAUCCAGCUCGGGCAAUCAAUCUGGUUCCAGCAAUCAAUCUAGUGGCAAUAAACCCAAUACUGCUACCGAAUGCAAGAAUGACGAAACUUACAUUCCCGAUAAAGAGGAUUGUACAAAAUUCUACCGCUGCCGAGAUAAUGGUAAUGGUGGUUUAGAGCAAGUUCCGUUUACAUGUGGACCCGGGACUGUUUGGAAUCAAGAUGAGAAAGUUUGCGAUAUACCUACUAGCGAGCAAAAGGAAAAAUGUAAGCAGAUGCUUAACAUAAAUGGAUCCACGAAUACCACCAGCAAUAAUCAACAGUCAGGUAGCGGCCAACAAAGCUCCAACAAUCAAACAGGCAGUCAAUCAACGAACAACAACCAGAAUCAAACAAGCUCUUCAAGCAAUCAAUCUUCAUCGACUGGCAGUCAAACGAGCACUUCAAACCAAUCCGCGUCAAGCAGUAAUCAAUCUAGUUCUUCCAACCAAUCCAAUAACAUCCAGUCGAACCAACAACAGCAACAAGCAAACCAAACGACCACCACUCAGAAACCUUCCAAUCCGGAAGGUGAUUGCAAAGACACCGAAACAUAUUUAGCUGAUAAAUCGGACUGUCGUCGUUUCUAUCGCUGUGUCGAUAACGGUAAUGGUGGGUUUGAUAAAAUUGCCUUCGAUUGUGCACCCGGUACUGUGUGGGAUCCAGAUGUCUUGGGCUGCAAUCAUCCGACGGACGUGCAAAAGGAGCAAUGUCGAGUUAUGGCUAGUGGUGGUAGUAGCUCUAACGCGACAUCAAGUCAACAAUCUUCAAAUAACAAUCAAUCAGGUUCAACAAGCACAAGUUCUAGUUCCAAUCAAGGUUCGUCGAGUUCAAACCAGCAGUCAUCAGGAAGCAAUCAAUCCGGUUCAAGUCAGCAAUCAUCGGGUAGUACACAAUCUGGUUCCGCAAGCUCAACACAAGGAACAUCUAGCAGUGAGCAAUCAAGCACUUCAAGUAGUACCAGUUCAGGUCAGCAAUCAUCGGGUAGUAGUCAGUCCGGAUCCUCAAGUUCAGGCAAUGAGCAAUCAAGCACUUCAAGUAGUACCAGUUCAGGUCAGCAAUCAUCUGGUAGUAGUCAGACCGGCUCCUCAAGUUCAAGUAAUGAGCAAUCAAGCACAUCAAGUAGUACAAGCUCAAGUCAGCAAUCAUCAUCAAGCAGUUCAAGCAAUCAAGAGAAUUCAUCAAGCCAAAGUACAACAACCUCACAAGGCUCCAGCAGCAAUCAAGGCUCCUCUACAACUCAGAGUUCGUCAACAACACAAGGCACUACAUCGCAAGGAUCCUCAACCAACCAACAGGGCAGCACAACACAAGAAUCAAGCAGCACCCAGUCAACUACCACAAGUCAAGGUUCAACAACAACAGCCCCCAUUCAAUCGAAGCCAUCAGGUAAUUGCGACAAGAACACAAAAUUUGUGGGCGAUGAAAAUGAUUGCGCCAAAUUUUAUCGGUGUGUCGACAACGGUAAGGGCGGUUAUGACAAAGUACCAUUUACCUGUGGACCUGGAACCGUUUGGGAUAGCGCAAUUGUCGCCUGUAAUCAUGCAUGGGCGGUUAAGGAUAAAAAUUGUGGAACAGGAAGCCCCAGUCAGCAAUCAACUACAACACAAACGACUACAGUGCCGCCAAGUCCGAGCACUACGGUUUCUCAACAGUCUACACAACCACCCACACAAGUACAGAAACCAACCACUGCAAGACCUAUGCAAACUACAAAUCGCCCCGGUGAUAUUACACAAACACCCAUAAGUGCGCCACCCACUGUAAGUACUCAGAGACCGAUAUUGACUCCUGGCAUAUGCCGAUCGGAAGGAUUUAUUGGUGAUCCCAAAGACUGCACCGUUUUCUAUCGUUGUGUGAGCAAUGGUCAGGGUGGCUUUACGCAAUAUCCCUUCAAGUGUGGGGAUGGUACUGUAUGGGACAACGAAUUGCAGACAUGCAAUCACGAUUUGAAUAUGUGUAAUCCAAAUGCGGGUACAGCGAAACCUACCACUCCCCAAGGUCAAACAACGACAACUUCAUCACCUUCGACCACCCCAGUCACAUCACGACCCACCACUACUCAAGCACAGACUUCAACGCAAACUCCGGCUUUGGAAUUAACUACACAAUCUAUAUCGACAACAACCACGACCAUAACUGAAAGUCCAACAACAAUAUCUACUCAAAGCCCAACAACUUGGACUACAACAGAGGCUUUUUCGACCACAUCAUCACCCACGACCACAAACCCUACGACCUCUGCCUCAACACAACCUUCAACAACUGAAGGCGACUCUACGACAACAUUACAACCGACAUCGACCACGCCAAUACCGAAUUUACCUCCAGGCCAAACGUGCCAAGGUGAAGGUUAUAUGGCUGACCCAAUGAACUGCAGAAAGUUCUAUCGUUGUGUUCAAAACGGGGAUACUUAUGAGCGAUACGAAUUCACUUGUGCUAAGGGUACCGGUUGGAGCGAGGAUAAGCAGACUUGUGAUUAUGCGGCAAAUAUUGAACGUUGUGAGGGACAAACCGAAGAGCCAGAGACCUCGACGGCAACCACAGAAUCCUCAAUUGAGAGUACUACCAAACCAACCUCAGGAGAGAGCUUAGUAACUACAACCGUAACGGAAAAUCCAACCACAGUUUCAGCGGGAAGUACCACCCCCCAAACAUCAACCACAUGGACUACAACUGGAAUACCUACGACAACGACCCCCACAUCGACUUGGAGUACAGAAGCAGGGGAUGACUCUACCACAACAUCACAACCGAUAUCGACCACUCCUAUACCGAAUUUACCACCAGGACAAACUUGCCAAGGCGAAGGCUAUAUGGCUGAUCCAAUGAACUGCAGGAAAUUCUAUCGUUGUGUCCGAGAGGGAGAUUCGUAUACCAAAUACGAAUUCACAUGCGCUAAGGGCACCGGUUGGAGUGAAGAUAAGCAGACUUGUGAUUAUGCGGCGAAUAUUGAACGUUGUGACGGACAAACCGAAGAACCAGAAACCUCGACCGCCACUACAGAAUCCUCAAUAGAGAGUUCUACUACUACGGUUGCAGCAGAAAACCCAUCCACAGAAGAGAGCUCAACAACAACGGUUGUAACGGAAAGGCCGACCACGACGCCAACUGAAACAACCACACUGCAAACGUCAACAACGUGGACUACAACUGGAAUACCUACGACAACGACGGCUGCGUCGACUGGAAUACCUACAACAACAACGGCUACGCCGACUUGGAGUACAGAAGCUGGGGAUGACUCCACGACAACAUCACAACCGAUAUCGACCACGCCAAUACCGAAUUUACCACCAGGACAAACCUGCCAAGGAGAGGGCUAUAUGGCUGAUCCAAUGAACUGCAAGAAGUUCUAUCGUUGUGUCCGUGAUGGAGACUCAUAUACCAAAUACGAAUUCACCUGUGCUAAGGGUACUGGUUGGAGUGAGGAAAAACAGACUUGUGAUUAUGCGGCGAAUAUUGAACGAUGCGAAGGACAAACCGAAGAGCCAGAGACCUGGACGGCAACCACAGAAACCUCUAUUGAGAGUACUACCGCUACAGUAAUAUCUGAAAAACCAACCACAGAAGAGAGCUCAACAACAACAACGGCCGUAACAGAAACCCCAACCCCAUCGACCACUGUUCCAACUGAAACCACAACUUUACAAACAUCAACCACAUGGACAACAACUGAGAUACCUACGACAACGACCGAUACAUCAACUGGAAUACCUACAACAACGACGGCUGCGUCGACUGGAAUACCUACAACAACAAUGAUUACAUCCACUGGAAUACCUACGACAACGACUUGGAGUACAGAAGCUGGGGAUGACUCUACGACAACAUCACAACCGGUUACGACUACGCCAAUACCGAAUUUACCACCAGGACAAACCUGCCAAGGAGAAGGCUAUAUGGCUGAUCCAAUGAACUGCAAGAAGUUCUAUCGUUGUGUCCGAGAGGGAGAUUCGUAUACCAAAUACGAAUUCACCUGUGCUAAGGGUACCGGUUGGAGUGAGGAAAAACAAACUUGUGAUUACGCGGCAAAUAUUGAAAGGUGUGGAGGUCAAACUGAAGAACCUGAGACUUCAACCAUUACUACAGAAAACACAUUGGAGACUUCAACAACCGCUAAACCCGGUGAAUGGUCAACAACUACACAACUGACACAAACCACAACAAUAACCGAUUCUACUACGCAACAAACGACAACCGCAGAAACAUCUACAAUUCCAGAGAGUACCAGCACAAUUGAAAGCUCUUCCACCACUUCACCGGAGACGACAACAACACUGCAACCACAAACAACUACGAACAUUCCAACAGAAACAACACAGUACCCUGUUACUUCAAAACCGGGCUAUAAACCCACCACAGAUAAACCGGGUACUGACGAUACCACAACUCAGUCGACUACCGAGGAUUAUCCUGCCACAACAGUCGAACCUGUUAAUCAUGUCUGCACCAACGAAGGUUUCUACCCCGAUCCAGAGGAUUGCAAUCGUUACUAUCGUUGCGUUGACGCGAAAAAAGAUGGUAAAUAUCAAAUUUAUAGCUUCCGCUGUGGGGAUGGUACGGUUUGGGACACUUCAUUAGAGACAUGCAACUUCCCCGAGAAUGUUUCGGGAAAUUGCUCAAGUGCGCCAGGCACAGGAAUCACUACAGAGGGUGCUACCACGGAGUGGACGACCACCGAAAAGCCCACUGAGAAGCCCACGGAGAAGCCUGAAAAGCCCACAAAACCGACAACGGAGCAAACAACCACCGAUACCAGCACAACUGAACCAACAACUGAGUCGCCAACUACAAGCACGGAACAAGCUACCACAACACAGGAGCCGUCAACAGAACCUACUUCAACGACGGAGCUGAUAACCACAACUACUGCUGAACCAACUACAACAACUGAAAUAGCUACCACCACAGUACCGUCUACAAUGCCACCAACAACAACUGAGUCAGAAACAACAGUAAAACCAAGCCCUGCAACAAAUGACAGCACACCGUGCCCUCAAACUGGCGAAGGUCAAAACACCUUUGUCUGUCCAACAGGCUUCCGUCGGCAUCCGAAGAGUUGUGACUUAUUCUAUCAAUGUACCGAGAAAGCCGAGAGCUACGAUAUGGCAAUUACCGUUUUCGAAUGUCCCAAGGGAACUGUGUAUCAUGAACAAAGGAAUCUUUGCGAUAAGCCCGAUAAAAACGAUAACUGUCUGAAGAAAUCGAUGACACGCUCGGGUCUCUACGAUGAGCAGAUAAAACUCAUGAAUAUGAUACAAAUACGCUCCGUCGGCGAGCCACUGUGUCCCAACGUAGGUCAUUUCGCAUUAAACAAGGACGAAUGCAGUCAACUCUUCAUCAAAUGUGGUUACUCAACGGCGACCAAUCGCUUGGAAGGCCAACUCUUCCGUUGCCCGCAAGGUUUCGCCUAUUGGGCCGUCAGUCGACGCUGCGAACGCGCACAGAAACUGCUCAACUGCACACCAACUAAAUAUGAGAUCGGCGGCGAUUUGCCCGUCGAAUGGGCGAACAUAGGCAAUCGACGCAGAAAUUUGAAAAUUUAAGCUUGGCACUGAAUGCGAAGAAACUCCAGAAAAAAAUUAUCUACUUAAUUUUAAUUAAGUAACAAUUCAUAUUUAUUUAAGUUAAUUUUUAACUAAAUGCUUAGCAAGCAUAAACAAUAUUCAAAUUGUUUGCUGCGCAUGCGUAAGUAACAUGUUGCGCAUGUGGCAUGCGCUCCAAAUGAUGCAAGAAUAUUUGUAAUUAGCGUUUAAGCUGGUAUUUAUCUAGUAAUUACUGUACUGAACAUGUAGGCAACAUGUCUUAAAUUAGUCACUCCAUUAGCUUAAUAUUAUUAUACACAUACCUAUUAGUAUUGGGUCCAAAACAUUUUGUAAGCGGUGUUGGUAUUUAUUGAACGAUAGAAAGUCUCUAUCAUACUUGUAUCGAAUCGAGAUAUUCAUACGAAUCCCAGUUAUAGUUGCUUAAGUGAAAAUUCUAAUCAAAUAUUGAUUAAUUACUUAAUAAGUUAUUGAUAUUUCGUUUAAAUUACAAAAUGUACAUCGGUAAGCGUUAUGAACGCACUACCAAAAUGCCAUAAAAACUUUUGAAUAAAUAAAUAAUUUAAUA